GUUCCGAUUUGUACUUACAAUUUCUGCUUACGAUUUAUACUUCGAUUUUUGCUUAUGAUUUCUGCUUCCAGUUUCUGCUUAUGAUUUCUGCUUCCAAUUUCUGAAACUAUCAAACAGUACCCGAGUAUUUAGCAGAUGCAACCUCUGUCUUGUCUAUGUCAAUUGGAUUCUGUAGGGGAAAAUUGAAAAUCAAACAAGUUUUUGACUGACAAUAGAUGAAUUAUUUGUGCUUAGUUAAAGAAUACCCGAGUUCAUUUUUACGACUGCUUCGAUUUUGUUAUUUUUUCUGCAUCAUUUUACGGCUUCAUAUUGUGGGGAUGUCUUUUGUUAAUAACAUAUUGUUUUUGGGAACAGGAAAUGGCCCGACUUAGUUUAGCAACAACAUCUUGAGUGAGCUGAUUUUUAACUACAAAGUGGUUGAGUGAUCCUACGUGCCAUGUAAUAUGAAUCUACCCAAACUUCCUCUAACACCCAGGGGUAGAAUGAUGAUUAUUUCUUAGGGACCUCUCAAAUAAAACAAAAAUCCUGACUUAUCAUUGUUAGUUGGCUCAAACGAAUGAACAAUCAAUAUGAUAAGCUCAACACUUUCAAACAAAUAUCCAACAAUUUGGAAACCUCAACAUAACAUAACUAUUCAAUAAUCAAUAUUAGUUACUAGGAGGUGAGGAUUUCAAUGAUCAACAUAAAACCCUAAAAUUAAAAAUGAUUGAACCCUGAAAAAUUAACUUACCGAGAGCGAGGAUUUCUAAACUCUUGAGUCCUACAAUGCACACAGCCUGCGAAGGUUCUGUUUUGGGGUCUGGAGGACGACGUCUUCGAACACACAAUUGGACAAACGAUCGCAUAUUCACAGGAGGGUUGAGUGCCUGAUGUAUUUCACUAUUUGGCCUUAGAAAUGGAACCAUAUGAAAAAAAUUUAAGAAGUUCAGAGUGGGCCGGUGUUGACCUUGGGCACCAUCACUGUUUAUAGUCCCUGUUUGGUAAUCUAACAACAAUAUCAAAGUAAUGAAAUCAAAGAACUACAAAUGAAAGUAAUCGAGCAAUAUUUUUCAUAUGUUGAGAAGUAAUUUAGGGUUUAUUCUUUUUCCCCAUUUUCUUGAUUAAGUAUUUGGUCCGUAAAAACUAUAAAGUUAUAUUUACAUUUACUCCUAUUCAAGUUUUAAAAUUGCAAAUUUCUUCCCACGCCAUAACGCUCCAUGGUAAAAAUUGCAAAUUUCCUCGCACGCCAUAACGAGCUCCACGCCUUAUGUCCACGCCAAGGGGGUUAACGUGGCGGCAAGGCUGCACCAUGGCGGCACCAAGACGCGUUUUUUAGAACAUUGGGUUUUUUCUAAGGAUAUAUAGACAUUUAUUACUUUAAAGAGAAAACAAACCAAAUAAGCAAAUCCCAAAGUGCAUCCCUUUUCAAUUUUUAAGAGGUUUAAUGUAUUAGUCCUCACUUGUGGAACAUCUACCUUGCUCAGUUCGAAGAUAUGGUACCAGCCCUGAACCUUCUGAAGCGUUGAUUGAUUGCUUAAGAAAUACAAAGAGAACAGUUAAUUGAGAAACCAACAAAGGUUAUGCAUCUCCAAUCUUGAAACUGAGCUACUACUAAAUUUGAAGUUUCACCCAGAAAACAUAAAAAAUUGAAUUACCACUAAAGGAAAUAUCAAAUUACACCUUCAGAUUCACAUAUAGAUGGGAUGGAACUUGAUUUUGGUAAAAAUAAACACUUCCCAUAUGUAAUUAUCAAAUUCUUUUCAAAAGUCUCAAUUCACAAGGUCAAAUGAGGAAGACGAUACUGAGAGCAAAAGAAGAGAUGCAUGAGUUAAUGGAGAUAGUAUAGAUAAGCACCCAAACAAUGUAGGUUUUAAUGGGACCAAGAUGGAAAGGGAAAGGGUCGGAAGCAAAAGCUCUUGCAGUCCCGAUUUCAAGGUCAAUUUUAGAUCUACAAGCUUCUCUAAUUGAAUCCAAUUCUCAUGGGAUGCUCUCAGGCUGUAGUGUAGUUCUUGCAAGCAAUGCCGAACAAACUGAUCUUUUAAAUCAAACCUGUUUUGGUCGACCAAUUAUCACAGUCGAUAAGGAUAAGCAGUGGUUUCAAUUGACUUUUGAGGAAGCCUUUUAUCUAUGUUUUUCUCUAAGGUGUAUAAAUAUUGUAGGUGGUGAUAAUAGUGUAAAAACCAAAGAUCAGUUAUGGGAGUACAUGAUUUCCAAGAAGCCAUCUUUCCCAACUUUCUUCAAGGCUUAUUCUCAUCUACGAAUCAAGAAUUGGGUUGUGAGGUCCGGGUGUCAGUAUGGUGUCGACUUUGUUGCCUAUUGUCAUCAUCCUUCAUUGGUGCACUCUGAAUAUGGCGUGAUGGUGUUUUCUGAAGGGAAUGGUAACGAUCGGUUGAGAGUUUGGUCUGAUUUUCAAUGCACACUUCGACUUUGUGGCAGUGUCGCAAAGACAUUGUUGAUUCUUCAUGUAAACAAAACCUGCGAGAACGCCAUUGCUUCACCUUCUUAUUUAGAUGGUUAUAGUGUUGAAGAGCGAACGAUCACAAGAUGGAAUCCAGAACGCUGCCGGGAGGAUCAAGUAAUUGUUGAAACUAGGAAUAAUGUCAGUAGGCAGAAAUCCGAUUCAAUAUCAUCAGAAGUUACUGGAGACUUCUAGUAGAUUCCAUUUAAUUUGAUUAGCUCCGCACUUAAUUGCGGAAUCAAAGAGGUUUUAACGGGGACCAAGAUGGAAAGGGAAAUGGAAAGGAUAGGAAAUGAAAGCGGUCAAUUUUGGAUCUUCAGUCUUCUCUAAUCAAAUUCAACUCUCAAGUAAGGCUGAACAAACUGACCUUUUAAUCGAGGUUGUUUCAAGUCGACCAAUUAUUGCAGUUGAUCAGUGGUUUGAGUUGAGUAUAUUCGAGGAAGGGGUUGUUUAUUUACCUCUUAAUAGUUCCAUUAAGAGGCGGUCUCUGAAUUGCU